CACACACACACACUUCAGACCCACAGAGCCAUAUCUUCAAACACCACGAACAGCUUCACGCACUGGUUUGUGUUGUUGCUGCUCCUUCUUUCCUGUCCAUUUGUCCAGAAUCUUUGAGCUCUAAAGAAAUUCGUACAACAGAAAAUGAACUUACAGACAAACUAAACUGACUUACAGAGGGAACGUUAAAGGCUAAUUAGAAAAAAAAAAAACAAUUUAAUAACCUUCAUCACAAUCUCAGCCAAAUAGUUAUUGUUUAUAUCGGACAAUGGCGACUACAGGUCUCCAGGUCCUUGGCCUGUUGGUUUCGAUAGCAGGAUGGGUGGGUGGGAUUUUGGUUUGCGCCGCCCCAUUUUGGCGCGUAUCAGCUUUCGUCGCAGAUGAGCUCGUGGUAUCUCAGGUGCUGUGGGAGGGGCUGUGGAUGACCUGCCUAUCACAGUUGGGGAGGAUCCAGUGUAAAGUAUACGACUCCGCACUCGCUCUCUCAGGCUCCACCCAGUUUUGCCGUGUGAUGGUUAUUUUAUCUAUCCUCUUCGGAUUAUUGGCUGUACCAUUGGGUGUGAUUGGGAUGAAGUGCACACACUGCAUCGAGGGUGCGCGCGACGUUAAGACUCGCCUGGUGCGUACGGCAGGUGGCAUCUUCAUGGCGGCCGGUGUGGCUUUCUUUUUGCCAAUUUUCUGGACCACUUUCUCUGUGAUUCGGGACUUUUACGACCCGAACGUGGCACCACCACUCAAGCGUGAACUAGGCCCUGCCCUGUAUCUCGGAGGAGGCGUGGCCUUUAUGAUGUUGGUUGGAGGGGUCAUGCUGUACCAAGGAGGCUCUGCCCCUAGUGGAGUUCCAACCAAGCCUACUUUUGGCAAAGGGGCGGGGCCAGCCAAGGACAAUCCGACGGAGGGGAAACAGGACAAGGCUUAUGUGUGAACAAGGAAUCAGGAUUGUCAGGUCAUCGAAAUGAAUUCAGAAAUUUCCAGACAAGUUAAAACAAGCAAGAGGAAAUAUCUGUACUUCAGACAUGUUUAAUUAAAAUCAACAAUACAUUUAAAAAAAAGUAAAAAGUGACAAAAAUCAUCUGAUUUCCUGUAGCACUGAAUACAACCUGUUUAAGAUCUGAUUUUAUGUUGAUUAUAAUAGUUAUAAUUGAUUCUAAUAAUCUAAUUAGUUUGUUUUUCCUAACUAGUGUUAAAUUUUGAAAAAAAUAGAAAGUGUGUUUUUGCUGCAUAUAGUCAUUUUAAAAUGAAUGAUUAUAUAUAAAUAAUACAACGCAAAUAAAUAUCAAUGACAUUUUUAUUAUUUUUUAUCACAUUUUACACUCUAUAGCUGAAUUUUUCAUUAAUGUUAUUUAUUAAUGUCAUUAAAAUAACUUCCUAUGCUUGCUUUAUACAAGCUGAUUAUUUCUUUAUGGUGUGGUUUUAUUUCUGAUUAUUCCUUCUGUGUAAAAAAUAAAAAUAAAACUAGUCCUUAACAAUAAAACGAAGUCACCGCCAA